UAUAAAUCGCGGAAACAUUCGAACGUUGGGAUGGUGAUCAGAAAGCUUCAAAAUGGCGUCUCUUAAAGCUUGGUUGGAUCAUCACGGUGCAUUAGUUGAUUAUUCUGAUACAGCUCAGGCUCCUUGCAAAGACUUUUACCACAUCUAUGUAACACCAAAAGAGAUCAUAUUUCGUUGGUGGAAGAUCGUGCCUCCCACUCGUGCCGACUCCAAUACGCCUCCGUCAGAGUUGAGAAACAGCUAUGAUGACUUCCUGCAUGAUGAAAGAUGCCACAGUGAAAUCCAGAGACUGGCCGGUGACCCAACGCUCCAGUACCUGAUCCGACUUGCCGAGGGUCACAUCGACUACCUGUCCAGAAUGCCCGACAACGUGCUGGAGACAAUCAUCUGUGACUUGGAAUUGGAAGACCUUGUGAAACUUGCCGCAACUUGUAAAAGGUUUAAAAAACUCUGCAACAGUAACACAGUGUGGGAGAAGAUCUUCCGCCGGGAGGUGGAGACCCCUGUCACGCCUGAGCUGGAGGCCCUAGCUGAGAAAGAGGGCUGGAAACGACUGUUCUACACCAACAAGCUCCAGCUACAGGUCCAGCUAAGGAGACAACUGCGUCUGAGUCAUCACAAACAGUAAACUUGAUGCAGCUUCGCCGCCAGAAGAGGCACGGGGAUCAUGCAUUUGUCACUGAUCAAGGGGACGAGAGCAUGGAGGCACUAUAAGAACCCAAAGAAACAUCAUAGAACCCAAAACAUGACAAGCAAAAUGCAAAAAAUUAUCCCAAAGAGUUGGGAAUCUUUCUGAAAGAGACCUUAAUUGGAGAUUCAUUAUAUUGUAUUAUUUUCUGUGAUAUUUUUUUUAUUAUACUUGUGUUACAGUUUGUUUAAGUGCCUUUACAUUAUAAUUAUAGAUUUUCUUAUUUUUUUAAUAAAUAAUUAAAUGUAUACACAUAUAGCUUUAACAUUCCGUUGUACUUGUGUUGUCACUGUUGUGGCUAUAAUAUUAAUCUAGUAUAUUAAUCUUAGAUGUUGCUAGAUAGUUUAUUUUAUUGUUUUGAUCAAUCAAUAUUUUUUUCAAAAAUAAUCAUUCAUAGACAAUAGUCAUGUUUUCAGAUAAAUUUAUCAGGAGACUCCAUAGAUGAGAUUUCUAUUACUCAAAUACACCUUGCUCAAAAUAAAUAACAACUUGUAAAAAAUCUGGUCUACAAGACUAGUAAUAGUGACUUAUAUUUUGUUUACGGUUGUAGGAAAUGUUAACCUGGAGUUCUAAAUUAAAAUUAUACAAUUUUUUGUUGGGGGGGGGCAAGGGGGGUGGAGUGGGUAAUUUGGGUUUAACAAAAAAGUUGUCAAUCUGUUCACAGGCUCAAGAAACUGAAUGGUCUUAACUUUCACUAUGAUUAGAAGGAUCAAAAUCUGUCCAUGACACAGUUUUCAGUCUCAUAUAGUCGACACAAAAUAUGUUGAUAUAUUUUUUUUUGUAGUUGUUCAUGUUGUUUAUGUUAUUUCAAUCCAUCAAUUUCAUUUGUCAAUCUUUUGAAGUUGACAAUCUUGUAUGUUUGCAAUUUGUUUAUUCAAUUUGGUGCCAUAUAUGCUAUUAGUAUAAUGAAAUAUUAAUUUUAAAUAUGCAUUUACAGUGCUGAUAAUUUUUCAUAAGUUUCAAACCUAAAGUCUAGAUGCACAUAUCCAUUGAAAGCUAGUGAAUAUUUUACAUGAAAACUAAAAUUUGUUAAGAGGUGUUUUUGUAUAUCUAGUAGAGUAAUACAUGAAGUCAUUAGAAUAAACAUAUGUAGACUACAUAUGUUUAUUCUAAUGACUUAAUGUAUUACUUGCAACUUUUCCAAAUAUACCAGACUAUAGAAAGUUUCAUAUAAAAUAUGCUUUAAAUACAAGACAAAAGAAAACAGUACAAAUUUAUCUUUGAAAAAGAAAACAUACACACACACACACACUUAAAGCUAUGUUUUUAUUAGCAUUCCGUCCAUAUUUGCACGAGUUUAUUUACAAUGCUCAAAUGCUUCCAUAUACAUGCAAUUAGCUAUCAAAGAAGAUAAAUUACCUAUGAAGUAGAAAUUACCAGAACUCUUUAUAGGGAUCAGAUAGUUUUAUUUUGAACACAUGAAAUGAUUUAGUCUAAAUGUUGAAAUCAUAAUACCAGAAUGCUUUUUAUUAAAAUGUCAUACAUACCAGAACAUGCAUAUAGCAUUUCAAUAUGAAUAAAAACAAGUGAUAAUUAUGUACUUGUCAGAUUAUGAGAGUUAUACAUUUAAUACUACCCUGCAUA